AUGGAGAUGGGAAUAAAGCUACUGACCAGUGAAGCUGCCACGCUCCGAUACCUCGGGGCUCAUAGCGAUAUUCCAGUUCCAGAAGUAUACGACUAUUGUGCUUCGUCCGAUAAUGACAUCGGUAUUCCGUUCAUUUUUAUGAGUGAGGCACCGGGCCAGCCACUGUCAAAGUCUUGGAGAUCAGCCGGUUCUCCUCAACCUGACCUAGAGUCUGCCAGUAAAGCCAAAAUUCUCUCCCAGUUAGGCGCUAUUACCUGGAAACUCUCGCAGUUACGAUUCGAUACAAUAGGUUCACUCUUUGAAGACGACUCCUUCGAGAUCAAGGAAUGUCUCUCACGUGGUCAUAUGUUACAUGAACGAUAUUCUUUGGAGAUCCCACGAGGGCCUUUUACCUCUGAAGCGAAGUUCUAUGAUAGCCUUGUUUCUGCGUUCUUAGAGCAUGCAGAAAUUCUACAGUUAUCACAUCAUUGCUUUGUGGCACCUGUCCCUUCACGAGACGACUAUCAGUCUAGCAAACAAUACGAGAGCGCUGUGAACCUAUGGAACGACUUCGUGACUGUUGGAGGUAAGACCGACUCGUCGGAUAACAGACUGGAUUAUAUUAUCGCAGGCGACACUCUCCGUGACAUUAUACGGAAACUUGAACUCGUUACUACCAAUUCGGAGACUUUUCCGUUAUACCACCCUGAUCUUAGCGUCAAUAACAUAUAUGUUGAUGAUGAUUAUAAUAUCACCUGUAUCAUCGACUGGGCAUUUGCUUCAUCCGUUCCUGAAUCAAUGCUCUUAACAACACCAGGAUUGCCACAGUACCGCGACGAAAUAGGUUCGGAGCUGCAUCUAGCCUUUAUAGAUGGAUUUCUUGCUGCUAUACCUAGCUCGGUAGAAGAGAAGUGGAUCCACAGAUAUCACGAUUCUCUAGAGCGGAGCCAAGUCUCCUGGAGAUUGAGCCGACUCCUCAGUCUGGACUCGAUUAGUGAUUAUACUCUCUUUGCUACUGUCUGGAACUUUGCACGUGGGUCUGAACAAGAACAGGGCCUGGGCCAUUACUUCUUACAACAGAAGAGUUCGCCUCACUACAUCCGACUUUACAACGAAGUUCAACAGGAUGAUCAGCCGCUUUCGAAAAUUGAAAAGAACGAAAAGGAUUAUUUUCGAAACAAGGACCUCAGACAGACAAUAGCUAGGAAGCUAACGCUCAUGUCCGAAUGGAAAGCACAGUUUGCCGUCAAUCAUCCGCCGAGACUUCGGACAGACAUGUUUGUCACUUCUCCCCAAUUGUGGAAGUGGAUUCAACAAUUUGUGCAGGACUGGGAAGACAUGCCUUGA